CCAACAUUCAGGAAAUCUCAGCAGAGCAAGAAGCGAUAAAGAUGCCAACCAGUGCUCCCAGUACGAGAAUCAUACCUGCAUCAGGCAGACCUGGGACAAAAUCCAAAGAUGCAGCUUCUCCUACAGAAAACAUCCCAGACUACGAGCCAAACAUCCCUGAGCCCACAUGCAGAGCUGAUCUUCUAAAACACUGGAUGAACCUUUCUCUGGAUGACAAGACAGCCAAUAAGAUGCUGUGGAUCACAGAGGGUGGAUCCAAGGUGUCACGCAUGACUGAUGAUUUGACUUGCCCUGUCCUGGAGAGACCAGAGAGAUAUGAGCAUGCACCUCAGGUUCUUUGCAAAGAAGGCAUCCUGGGUUUCCGAGCUUACUGGGAAGUUAAAUAUUCAGGUUGGGUGGUUGUCGGAGUAGCCUACGAGGGGGCAGGGAGGAGGGGAAGCGAUGGACCCUGCGGGCUGGGAGAGAACGAACAGUCCUGGGGUCUUGGGUGGGGUGGAUCUCACUACCAGUUGUGGUUCAAUGGCAUUAACACAGAAAUCUGGGAUGUUCCCCAAUUCACCACCAUCGGGGUGUACCUUGACCAUCCAGCUGGUGUCAUCAAUUUUUAUGCAGUUGAAGAGGUGAAGGAGGCAGAGGAGGGCGAAAGCAGGAAGGAGAUCAGGCUGCUGCAGCAGAUUAAGAGCUCCUUCAAGGGGAGAAUGUUGCCAGGUUUCUGGGUAGGACAAAAGUCAUCAUGCAUUUUUGUUAAACAAGAGGAGUAGAGUAAAAGGUGUGUGUUUUCACCUUCCAUUUAUUACAUUUCCAUUCAAACUGCAUACCCAUAAAAAAAAAUUAAAGGCCAAGUAUACAAAAUAUUUAUGUAUAGAAAUAUAUAUUUAUCCAGGAGCUGCUAUUUGUUUGUGUCUGUACAGUGUGUUUAUUUUGUCAAAAUUGAACGUUAAAUACUCAUUAUUGCUGCCAUGUAAAUAUAUAUAUAUAUAUGUAUAUUGUAGCUGUGUGUACAAUAUUCU